UGCUUCUUCUUCUUCUGUUCUCUCCUUGUAACAAAGCCUGUUCACUAUCUCUUCUUUUUUACCAGAAAUGAAGGAGAGUUUCCUGGUUUUUGUCUUCCUCUAAGUUACAAACAAAUCUCCAACUUCCAUGCUUUUGUUUUUGUUUAUUUUUAAGCACUAAACAACACAUCUUCUACCAAAAACAAGCAAAUUACAAGAGAGAAAGAAAACAAGGAAGUUUGGUGAGUAAAAGAGAAAGAAAGAAAGACAAGAAUUAAGGUUUAAAUCUUCAAAAAAAAAGGAUUAAUUCCCUUUCUUUUUAUCAUAUUUCUUUUUCCUUCCUUCAAUGUCAAACACCACAGGUGAUGGCACUGGCAGCUUCUCUUCUGGAGGUUGUGGGGAUGAAGUUCACUUAAAAUCCUUAGCUUCAAGCACUGUUACUGCUACUAACAGCAAUGGCUCCACUAUUACUCAACAGCUGCAGCAGCCUCCACUCAAGAAGAAAAGAAAUAUGCCUGGAAAUCCUGACCCUAGUGCUGAUGUUAUUGCUCUAUCACCAAAAACUCUUAUGGCUACAAAUCGAUUUGUAUGUGAGAUUUGCAACAAGGGGUUCCAAAGGGACCAGAAUCUUCAAUUGCAUCGGCGGGGCCAUAAUCUACCAUGGAAGCUAAAGCAAAGAGCAAGUGGUGAAAUUCGAAAAAGGGUUUAUAUUUGUCCAGAACCUUCAUGUGUUCAUCACAAUCCGGCUAGAGCAUUAGGUGAUCUCACAGGAAUUAAGAAGCAUUUUUAUCGAAAACAUGGCGAAAAGAAAUGGAAAUGUGACAAAUGCUCAAAGAAAUAUGCUGUCCAGUCGGAUUGGAAAGCUCAUGUCAAGACUUGUGGCACUAAGGAAUACAAAUGUGAUUGUGGAACCAUCUUCUCCAGGAGGGAUAGCUUCAUCACUCACAGGGCUUUCUGUGAUGCCCUAGCUGAAGAAAAUAACAAAGUGAAUCAAGGACUAAUGCCCAACAUGGAACCAAACAUACAAGGCCAAAUCUCCAGCCUCAUACCCUCCUCCAUGGCCAUCAACAAUAAUCCUCCAAGUCAAUCUGCCAUGAUGUCUAAUUUUAGCCAUCUAGACACCAAAAACUCACUGUCCUUACCCCAAGCACUCAUGCCAAUGCCACCUAAACCCUCAUCAGGAAGCAUGUUUUCAAGUACCACCGCAAGCCUUUUUGGUGGUUCAAGAAGCAUGCCAUUCAAUUCUUCCUCGGCCCUUCAGAUGAAUGCAAAUUCAUCAGCAAUCUUUGAAGGAAAUGGUCAUCAUAAUUUAGCUGGCUCGGCAUCAAUGUCAGCUACAGCUUUGUUGCAAAAAGCAGCUCAAAUGGGUGCAACUGCAAGCAGUAACAAUGUGAGCUCUCCCAUGAUGCAAAAGAGCUUUGUUACAAGCAUGGCACCCCCAACAUUUGGUUCAAUGCAUGCCCAAAAUGACCAAUCACAUGUGAUAGGUGGUGAUGACGGAUAUGCUAACCAGUUUUUCAACUCAAACGGUGGUGUUGGGAACUCUGUGCUGAAUGAUAUGGGGAUGUUUAGUGCAGUUUUGGAUCAAAACAAUGCAUUAUUCAAGACUAUGGAGCAUGCUAGCAGCAACAAUGAGAAUGCUUUUCAAGGUGCAAAUUCAAGCCCUGGUUUGAGUAGUCCAACAAGUGGAGCUAAUCCAAGUGGUUUAUCAAGAUUUAGCGGGGACAUGAUGACUGUUGAUUUCUUGGGGAUAGGAGGCUCUAGGCAAAGGAAUCUUCAUGACCAACAUAAUCAUCAAGAAAUGGAGUUCAGUAGAGGAAUUAGUCAUCCAAGGAUGCAAGGGUUGAACCACUUUGAGCAGCAACAUGCAGCAGCACUAGAGAAACCCUUGUGGGAUGUUUGAAAAAUUAAGAAAAUACUCUACACAAUUUCCUUUUCUUCUACCUCUAUAGCUAUAGUCCCUGUAAUGAUUUCUAUCAUCACUUCUUUUUCUUCAAGUUAAUUGUAUCAGCCAGGGAAGAACCUCAACUGUUUUGCUAAAGAGCAAGCAAGGUUUUGAGGGUUUUUGGCCCACCAUUAGCGACUUCAAUAUGAGUAGAAGAUCACAUAGAUUUUCUUUCUAAA